AUGAAGUUUCAACGGAGUCUGUUGGCCGGUGGCCUCGGACUUGCAACCGUUCAUGCCGCAAGCUUGAAGGAUGUGUGUACCACCACGUACGCCAAAAAGGCCCUGCCUGCCUCCGACGAGUUCCAAGGCCUGACCUUGGAUGCUUCUUCCAUCACUGCCAAUGCAGUCUACAAUGCAUCCACCACCGACGAAGAUAACUGGCCCGAUGUUUAUGGCUUCGACUACUGCAAUGUCACUUUGACAUACUCCCACAACGGCAUCGAGGACGACCAGGUUUUGCUGGAGCUCUGGUUCCCGGCGCCGGACAAGUUCGAGAACCGCUGGUUGUCUACCGGUGGAUUUGGUUAUGCCAUCAAUGGCGAUGGAAGUGAUCUUCCUGGUGGUGUCAUCUAUGGCGCCGUGUCUGGUCAAACGGAUGGUGGAUUUGGUGGCUUCAGUGCCGAGCUCGACGACGUGUUCCUGUUGGCCAACGGUACUAUCGAUCGCCAGGCUCUCUACAUGAUGGGUUACCAGGCUCACUACGAGAUGAGUUUGAUCGGUAAGGCGUUCAGCAAGAACUUCUACGAUAUGAGUGACUCGGAGAAGCUGUAUGCCUACUACCAGGGUUGCUCCGAAGGUGGUCGUGAAGGUUGGAGCCAGGUCCAGCGCUUCCCUGAGGAGUGGGAUGGCGCUGUCAUUGGUGCCCCUGCUAUCCGUAUGGGCCAGCAACAGACAAACCACCUUUAUGCUAACCUGGUUGAGCACACCAUGGGUUACUACCCUCCCCCUUGCGAGUUGGAGAUGAUCAACACCCUUACCAUCAAGGCCUGUGAUGGUCUUGACGGAAAGAUCGACGGUGUCGUCGGCCGUACCGACCUCUGCAAGCUGCAUUUCAACAUCAACUCCACUAUCGGCCACCCCUACCACUGCGCCGCCUCUUCCUCCACCACGGUCUUGAAGCGCUCCCAAACUAACACCGUCCCCGCUCAGAACGGAACUGUCUCUGCUGCCGGUGUCGCUGUGGCCGCUAAGAUCCUCGACGGUCUCCACACCCUCGACGGCAAGCAGGCCUACAUCUACUACCAGCCUUCCGCUGACUUCGAAGAUGCCGCUACCCAGUACAACUCCGAGACCGGCAAGUGGGAGCUUGAUAUCACCUCCCUAGGUGGUGAAUGGGUUGCCCGAUUCCUUAACCUCGUCGACGCCGACAAUAUCGAUUCCUUGGACAACGUCACCUACGACACCAUGACCGAGUGGAUGGUUGAGGGCUGGCAACGCUACGAGGAUGUCCUGCAGACCACCUGGCCUGACCUGACUCCUUUCCAGAAGGCCGGCGGUAAGAUCAUCCACUACCACGGCGAAUCUGAUCCCAGUAUCCCGACCGGUUCCUCCGUUCACUACCACGAGACGGUGCGCAAGAUCAUGUAUGGCGAUAUGACCUUUGAGGAGGGCACCAAGGCCUUGAAUGACUGGAACCGUCUGUACCUGAUCCCAGGUGCGGCACACUGCUCUCCCAGUCUUGACCAGACCAACGGUCCUUUCCCUCGUACCACCCUCGAGACUCUGAUCGAGUGGGUUGAGAACGGCGACAAGCCGGAUCGUUUGAACGCGACCAUCAUGUCUGGUGAUUAUGAGGGCGAGCAGCAGAAUCUGUGUGCUUGGCCUCAGCGUCCUCUGUGGAAGAACAACGGUACUACUCUGGACUGUGUGUUUGACCAGAAGUCAUACGACACUUGGGUGUAUGACUUCGAUGCCUACGACGUGCCUCUGUACUAA